GGAAGGGGAACAGCAUUCCUCCAGUGAGAGGGUAAUAUUUUUGUUACCAUCAGCAAGUGCUUCCCAAGCGGCAUCAGGCUGGUCUGCCACCGCUUUGCGCUGUUUUAAUCUCUUGGGGUCUCCUUGAAGUGUUCCAGUCAUGGCUUCCAAAGUCAUACCUUGGUAUAAGAAGAAGCAUGUGAGCCAAAUCAAAACUGAUUAUGCUUGUCAUCACACUACAUGUGUUAUCAAGCAGCAACAGCAGCAGCAGCAAAGGAAGUCAAGCUCUAAAUCGGUAAGCCAGGUGCAGGCCCAGGCCACAGAGGCUAUGGCGGAACCAACGUAUACCAUACCGGUGUUCCGGCAGAGGACUGAUGAGGGGACUGAAGAGUACCAGCGAGUCACCACGAAUGUUGGGAAAGGACUGACUGUUAUUCAGGAGGAGCUCCACAGGAUGAGGAUGGCCACCAAGGCCCAAGUGGAUAGUCUUGCUAUCCAGAGAGAGGUUAAGGACAUGAUGACCAAGAGGGUGGAUUUGUUGGAUGACAUCCCCAAGAUGCCGGACUUCCUGGUUGCCCUGCGGCCCCACACCGUGUGGGAGAAGACUCCUGUCAAACUGUUCUGCACUGUGCAGGGAAACCCACGGCCCGUUGUCAAAUGGUAUAAAGGAGGAGUGCCAGUUGACCCGCUUAGCUCCCCAGGAAAGUACAAGAUUGAAAACAAGUAUGGAGUCCACGGUUUGAUCAUUAGCAGGUGUGUUGUGAGUGAUACUGCUGAGUACAGUGCUGUGGCCACCAACCCGCAUGGCACGGCCACCAGCAAGGCUACAGUUACUGUGAAGAGAGCAGCAGGAGCCGGGGAGUCCUGCCAUCUUGGUCUAGUGCCCCAUCUGACUGAGAUCCAUGCCAGUAAGCUGGAGGUCACCCUGCUUGAUCGGUUCUCAGUGACCUUUGGUGUGGAGGGCGGCUCCAUCAGUCUGGUGUGUAGCAUGGUGGUCGUCCCCGACCUCCCCAACCUACCACCCUUCGCCCAGUGGUACAGGGACGAUAAACUGCUGAAACCAAGUAAGCUGGUGGAGUUGGCGGUGGGUGGAGGAGCGGCCCGCCUGACGCUGCCUCACCUGGCCAAGGACGAUGAGGGUCUCUACACCCUCCGCAUCUUUACAAAGGACGGCACCGCCGAGCAUAGCGCCUACCUGUUCGUUUCAGAUGCCGCCCCCUCUGCGGCCGGGGCCCCUGGUGCACCAAUGAGCGUAAAGGCAUAUGACAUCAACUCGGACUACGUCCUGGUCGCCUGGAAACCCCCCAACACCGUCAAUGAGGCGGCAAUCACCGGAUACUUUGUGGAUCGGUGUGAAGCUGGCAGCGACACCUGGGUCCAGUGCAACAAUGCCCCAGUGAAGGUUUGUAAAUACCCGGUGCACGGCCUGAGCGUGGGCCACUCCUACCACUUCCGGGUCAGAGCUGUGAACAGCGCCGGCAUCAGCAGGCCGUCCCGCAAGUCGGACAAGGUGACCGCCCUCGACCCCGCCGAGAGCGAGAGGCUGCAAGUGAUUAAAAUCGAAGGAAAAUACGACAUAGUGAUCAAGGAUGAUGAACUGGAAGGCUAUGUAACUAUCCCGGGGGAGCCCACCGAUGUGCACGCAUCCGAGAUUUUCAAAUCGUAUGUCGUGCUGAGCUGGAAGACUCCCAGCCCUCGUGGACGAGCUCCGCUGUGGUACGUCAUCGAGAAGUGCUUAGCAGGCACUGGAGCAUGGCAGCGGAUCAACACCGCAGUCAAACUGCACUCCCCUCGUUACCCGGUUUUUGAUUUGCAAGACGGGCAAAAGUACCAGUUCAGAGUGUAUUCGGUCAACAUGUACGGUUCCAGCGAGGCCUCCGUGCCCUCUGAGCCCAUCCAAAAGGUCGAUGAGGAUGGUACUGAGCUGCCGGUUGGCGUCCCCUCUGCUCCCGGUCAGGUUGUUGCCACCAGAAACACCAAGUCGUCUGUGUUUGUGCAGUGGGAAGUUCCCAAACAUCAGAAAAACCUCAUGGGUUACUACAUCGACGGCCGCGUGGUCGGAUCUAAGGAGUGGUUCCCAUGCAACCACAAACCCUUCAAACACACCAGGUUUGUGGUCCACGGCCUGAUCCCAGGGGAGAGCUACGUGUUUCGUGUCCAAGCCGUCAACGUCUUUGGCCUCAGUGACGAGUCUCAGGAGUCGUCUCCCAUCGCUGUGGAGCCGGCCCUCGGCAAAGGGGUGGAAUAUGCAUCUCCCAGUGCUCCCUACGGCAUCACCAUGCUGAGCUGUGACGGCUCCUCUAUGACUUUGGCCUGGAAGAGUCCCAAACACUGCGGCGGCUCCAAGGUCAACGCUUACUACAUUGACAAGCGAGAUGCCGACACUUUGCUGUGGCAGGAGGUCAACCUGGCGGCCGUCACAGAGAGGAUCUGCACUGUUGACAAUCUGACUGAGGGAACCUUCUACGAGUUCAAGGUCCAAGCCGGUAACCUGGCCGGUGUCGGCGUGCCCUCGGCUCCCAGCGCCCCAAUGAAAUGUGAAGCUUGGACCAUGGAGGAGCCAGGCCCAGCCUACGACCUGAGCUUCAGUGAGGUCAGAAGUCACUCCCUGGUCAUCCUGUGGAAGGCUCCUGUCUACACCGGAGCGAGUGCAGUCACUGGAUAUUUGGUGGACAUGGCCAAGAAGGGCUCAGCAGAGUUUGUUACUCUGACUCAGGAAGCUGUGAGCCACCGUUACCUGCAGGUGACUGGUCUGGAGGAAGGUGAAACCUACGUAUUCAGAGUUCGUGCUGUCAAUGGAAACGGUGUCGGAAAACCUUCCCAGUUGUCUGAGCCGGUCUGUGCCAAAGCUCUUUCAGGCACCAAGGAGAUUGUGGCUGGCGUAGACGAGGAGACCGGAGACGUCUUCCUGUCUCUCGAGGCCUGUGAGAUCUGUGAGACGUCCAAGUUUGUGUGGUCGAAGAACUACAAACCCAUCGGCAACUGCCCCAGGGUCGCCGUCACUACGAAGGGCAGAACCUCCAGACUGACUUUCACCAACCCUGAUAAAGACGAUUUGGGCAGAUACUCUGUGGUGGUCACUGACACCGAUGGAGUCUCUGGCAGCCACACUCUGACUGAGGACGCCCUGAACACCAUGCUGGAACUCAGCUACGCCAUCAGACAUCCAAUUGUUCCUCUGAAACACGGUCUGAACUACGAGAUUUUGGAGAAGGGUCACGUGCGUUUCUGGCUGCAGGCCGUCAAACUGUCCCCGUCUGUAUCCUACAGGUUUAUCGUUAACGACAAGGAGGUCACCGGUGGGGAGGGACACAAGAUCAGCCACGAUGUGGCCACAGGAAUCAUCCAGAUGACGGUGGAUCAUUUCACCAGAGCCAACGAGGGCACUUACACAGUCCAGAUCCACGAUGGCAAGGCCAAAACCCAGAGCUCCCUGGUCCUGGUGGGAGACGUGUUCAAAGCUGCUCUGAAGGAGGCCGAGUUUCAGCGGAAAGAGCACAUCAGGAAGCAAGGUCCACAUUUCGCUGAGUAUCUGUAUUUCACUGUCACUGAGGAUUGCACUGUUAUGCUCGCCUGCAAGGUGGCCAAUGUGAAGAAGGAGACGUCUUUCCAUUGGUACAAAGAGGACGAUGAGAUUGUUCCAGAAACUCCUCCUAAUGUCAUGUCUGGAGCCUGCGCUCUCCCCAUCUCUCAGUUCUCCAGAAAAGAUCAGGGCGUUUUCAAGGCCGUGCUCAGUGACGACAGAGGAAAGGACACAUCUGUGUUUGACAUUUCAGGCAAAGUGUUUGACGACAUCAUCAAUGCCAUCGCCCAGAUUGCUGGUGCGACUGCCUCUGACCUGGUGCUGCAGUGUACUCCAGAGGGCAUCAGGCUGCAGUGCUACAUGAACUACUACACAGAAGAGAUGAAGACCGUCUGGAAACACAAGGAGAGUAAGAUUGCCUCCUCUGAGAAGAUGAGGAUUGGCGGCACAGCGGAGAUGGCCUGGAUGCAGAUCUGCGAUCCGUCUGACAAGGAGAAGGGUCACUACUCCAUCGAGAUCUCCGACGGCGUGCAGACUCACACCAGAACCUUUGACCUCUCCGGACAAGCAUACACCGAUGCCUAUGAGGAGUACCUAAGACUUAAGGCAGCCGCAUUUGCUGAGAAGAACCGUGGCAGAGUGGUCGGUGGUCUGCCUGACGUGGUCACUAUUAUGGAAGAGAAGUCUCUGAGCCUGACCUGCACCGUGUGGGGCGAGCCGACCCCUGAGGUCUCCUGGUUCAAGAACGAGCAGGAAGUCAUCUCCACCGAGCACACCAAGAUCAUGUUCGACGGCGGCAAGUUCGCCAGCCUCGUAAUCAACAAAGUCACCCCUGAAGACUCUGGCAAGUACAGCAUCAACGUGCGGAACAAGUACGGCGGCGAGUUCGUCGAGAUCACCGUCAGCGUCUACAAGCACGGCGAGCAGAUCCCCGAGCCCAAACUGGGACACCCCAAAGCGCCUGCUGCCACGCCUGUGCCGCCAAAGUCCCCAGCUCCCUCCAAGACCCCAACCCCCAGUCCUUCUAAGGCCCAGACCCCAGUGUCCAUGAAGAGCCCAACUCCAGCCUCUACCCCCGCUUCCACCCCAGUCCCCAAAUCUCCAACCCCGACCCCGAAGUCUCCAACCCCGACUCCAUCUCGCGGCGUCAAGUCGCCCACCCCACCCAGAUUCAUGAAGUCUCCGACCCCACCAAGGAAGUAAAUGGUGGUGGUGCCGUGUGAGGAGGAAACGUUUGCUGUUAGCAAAGCUGAUUUAUAGCAUGAGUGUGAAACCAUGAGCUGUUCCUUUAAAGUUUAUGUAGAUGUAGUCACUGUUAAAAGUACUACCACUUACAAAGAACGGGCUUCUAACCAGUUUGAGGGUUUUUGGUGUUACAGCGUUCUCUAUCAUUUCUGAGAACUAGUUGCAUAUAUAAAGGAAAAACCUACAAAAAAGAGGGACUUUUUUCAGUGGCUACUAACAUACAGUAGAUGUCCUUUUCAUCAUUCAACUGGUCAGUGUGCUUUUGACACAGGUGGGGAAAAAGCAAAAACUAAGAAAAAAAAAGACCAGGGUAGAUGUUUAUGUUCAGUGUUUUAAAAGCUGCACCUUCCACUACGCAACGUUAGUGGAAUGCCUGUAUACAUUUUUUUGUUGGAUGUUUAAUGAUAAUUCCCUUUUAUGACAUCUUGGAUCAUAUUUACACAGUUUCACUCCUAUCGGCGAUAUCACUAAAAAGAGGAAAAACAUGAGCAGUCAGACGAUUGGACAGGUUGCAAACAAACCUCAAGGUUAGACGAACUUAUUUGGAACAGAAAACAAAGGCAAACGGUAAAAUAUUACCCAAACUGUCAGUGAACGUCCGUCACAAUUCACAGACUGACUUUCUGGUUCAACUUUGACCAAACUACUUAUCGUGGUUGUGUGCGCAAAGUUUCCUGUACAAUGAAGGAUUAUUACAGACACUUCAGGUGUGCUCACUUUGAGUUUUUCCUCCAAAUAAAGUGGUUUCUUUCCUCGUCUGACUUUAUUGUAGCGAUGUCACCAUGUUAUCAUAACCCGUAAACAUGAUGACCAAAACAAUGGAAAUAAGACCAAAGUUGUUGUAAACAGGAAUUAUCCUUUAAGAUGGAUGACCUGGCAGUUAGCAGGUACAGAGCUGAGGUUAAAUUGUCAUUACCUGGGUGCGAAAUUAACACCAGAUACCAGAUUAUUUAUUUGUUUUUUUUCUGGGAUGGUUACCUUUUCCUCCUUUAUCAACAGCUGCUUUUGUCCCAGGCAGCUUUCAUCAUGUGAAGAAUCCUAAUGAAGCCAGUUAGCGCUCCUGUGAAUAAAACGAUUCACUUCCUGCCCUGGUCUCUAUGCCAGAGAGGUCUGUCUGUCUGUCUGUGUCGCCCAAUGCUUUGUGAUGGCAAUAAACUUUACUCAUCAACCUC